AUGAUGGAUCUCCCCACGCUACACCGCUACUUUGCGGUGGCGGAGGAGCUGUAUGCAGCCGGGCAUCGCCUACAUGCGUUUGCCACGCUGCAUGCCCUUAUCGCGACCCCAGCCAUCCUCCCACCGUACUAUCGUCGGGAGGAAAUUCUCUGUCGGGUGCGUGCAGCCGAGAUGCUGCUGUACAACUCCUCGCCGCCGCAGCGAGGCAAAAAAAGUGUAGCGAGCGGCAAUGCCGCGCCGUCAGCGACAAUGGCACGACUGGAUUUGGCGUAUUCUGUGUUGUCACCGAUGAUUUCUUCGCGCUGCUACUUGGAAGGCGUCGUCGUCUCCCCGCUGCUGUGGGGUGGCGGCCACCGCGACGCCGCGGCCGUCGCCGUCGGAGAACUACAAGAAGCAACAGAAGUGGAUGUGGGUCAGGAAGAGGAGGAGGAGGAGGAGGAGGAGGGCGAGAGUAGAGUCGUGCCCGUGGCGUUAGUUGUCAAGGCGUACGUGUUGGGUGCGAUCGUGCAUCGCCGCCGGCUCCGACACACACAAGCGGUGAAGUGUGUCGAGGCGGCUGAGCAGUGGUGCAGUACCGCCUUCCACGCGCCGCUUGCCGGCCUGGCGACGAGCCUCGCAGACGACGCGGCAGCGGAGGCCCAAAAGAAGGAAGAAAAACGCUGCUGUGACGCCUUCCUCGCCGUGGAGUUCUGUCGUGUGUACUACUCGCAGCUUAUGAGCGCCGCAACGUCCGUUGCCGCGGUAACUCGCACGCCGAAUGCGGCGGCUCUUCAUAAUGCACGCGCACACGCCUUGGACCGGCUGCUCUAUCAUGCAAAGGACUACGUAAGUUACGCCGCAUCCACUGGUUUGGAAAAACCUUCUCUUGACAAGGAAACCGGCAAGCAGUGUAGCUCACUCUGCUUUUCCUCUUCAGCUAAUUCGUUUUCCAUACGGGCAGCGGCGCGCGUAAUGGCGCACUACUACUGUGCCGCAUUACUCCUUGACCAUCAAGUGGUAGAGGCGGAACGACACAUGCAGCGGUGCGAUGUGCUUUUUGGUGUUUCUCCGGAGCUGCAGUCCAUGAUGCAGCUCAUCGCAGUGGGCCUGCGGGGACCGUUGGGUUGGGACGGGCCGCGAGGAGUGAAGCGGCAGCGCGGUGAGCCGGAAGCGGCCGAAUAUCAAGUUGCAACGGAUGAGCGAGGAGCGUCGUCGAGGGAGGAACUGCGCUGGCUUUCCGACGGUUUGUUGGCGGCAGUGCAGUCCUACUUGGCCACGCACGCAGCUGCGAUGGAUACUCCGGCUGCCGCGGCAACCUUGUCGUCCCACUUAGUGCCAACAAGUCCCCCUGUUGGGGCAUACACAGAGGGCGAUGGUAUUGGUCAAGGGAUAAAGAAUACGGUGCGUUGUCUGUUCGAAGGCACGCUUCGUUGCAUUGACGAGCAGUUGACGCUUCUAACCACAGAGACCAGCCACGGUUGCGAGUUGCACAACCCACGAAAAGGUCUGCUCUACAGCUCUCCCUCGGCUGAGAUUCGUUUUUUGGUGCUGCUGAAGUGUGCUGCACUAGUGACAAUGAGUACGUAUGCGCUUUCGCAGCUGUGGCUGGUGGAGGCUGUGGGGCACCUCCAUCAGCUGCGCCGCUACAUGGACGUCUUCCACAAGCACACGAGAAGUCUACGGGUGCACUAUCAUCUCAUCGUCUCCCAGCUGACCUCAAUGCUGUCGCUGCGGCAUCUCUCUGGUGAAGGCCAUGUGGCAAAAGUCAAACAUACGGGUGAACACAAGCGACACUCUGAGAAGGAUGAGGAAGAACGCACUGCUGGGUUUGAUGUGGGUUUGCCAUAUGCACAUGUCAUUGCUGCAGAGGCGGCGGCGUUAAAUGCCGCUGCUGUUUGCCUUUGUAGCCCAUCCACGCUGCUACUUGUGUCGCUUAUGAAGGGAGUCGCAAUUUCUCACGCGGCCCGUGUGGGGUCUGCACUUCACCUCAGCGAUGACGGAGUCACAAUUACGGGCCUCACUGUCCACCAGCGGCAUCGUUGCGCCAUGGCUCUCAUCCAUGUGCUGGAGGCGCUCGAGACAAGCUUUGACGCGGCAACUAUGAAAAAAGAAGAAAGGGGAAAAGAUGGCGAGGAACGCAGUCUGCAACAAAGGGGGGCUGCAUGGACUGUGCCCAAUCACGUGCUUUUGCUCAUCCUUCGUGGUGUGGCUGCCAUGUCAGAGGAAAAGGACGAGUUAGCCGCAACCUGCAUGUUUAAGGAUGCCCUGCAGCAGGUGAGCCGAUACCUGGGACCCACCAGUGGUGCUGCCGCGGAGUCCUUGUAUCUUCUUGCAAUGGCGUACAAUGAGUCGGAACGGGUAGAGCUGCAUCCAUGCGAAUCCCCCACGCCUGUCACAGAAAGUGCUAAUGAGUUGCUUUUUGCUGCUGCCAAUGGGGCGACUGAUAAUGCACGACGCAACUUUUCGCUCGCUUGGCAGGUGGCGUUACAUGCGAGGCGGUUGACGCUGCUGCACUGCGUCUUGGCCCUGCAGGAGAGCGACAGGAAAGAAAGUUAUCGACACAUCGUGGACGAAUGGAGUAUGGAGUUGCACCGCGUGUGUUCAUUUAUGCGACGAGAGUUAAUGGAGGUGGUUUCUUUGUAG